AUGUCAUAUAACCGACUAGGUCACCCCGACGGCAGUGACGACCCCUACGAUAUGGACCCCCGACGACCAAACGGCCGCACGCCUUCGCCUGGCCAGCCGCUGCGUGGCUACCAGCUCGAAGACCGAUAUGCCUCCCCCCAGCCCUCGACCGUCCUCGAGAUCCCCAUGGGGCCAGGCCAGUCAAUCGAAUCCCGGCAAACGAGGGCCAUAACAACUACACGCCCCGACUACACCUACACCUACACGCCCCGGCCCAUCAUCACCAUGGGCGAACCAUCGUCUCCGCAGCCCGUCUCGGUCCUCUUCGUCUGCCUUGGAAACAUCUGCCGCUCAACCAUGGCCGAAGGAGUGUUUCAAUCCCUCACUCGGCCCGCGGGCAAGCCUGCACAUCCCCUCGUAUCGCGCAUUGAUUCCUGCGGCACCGGCGCAUACCAUGUCGGCUCCGACCCCGACUCGCGCACCAUGGCCACCCUGCGCAACAACGCCAUCACCACCUACCGCCACUCGGCCCGCAAGUUCUCGCCUUCCACCGACUUUGACCACUUUGACUACAUUCUGGCCAUGGACGACGACAACCUGGCCGACCUCGAGAGCCUGCGCCAGAGGGAAGCCAAGAAGCGGGGCUCCGAAGAGGGGCUCGCCAAGGUCAUGCUGUAUGGCGAGUUUGGUGGCAAGAGGCGAAAGUACAGGGGCAGAGAACUGGGCGAGGAAAUCGACGACCCGUAUUACGGCGGAAACGAUGGCUUCACCACAGCCUAUGAGCAGGCACUCAGGUUUGGAAAGGCCUUUUUGGAGCAGCUGGAGGCGGGAGAGUUGAGCUGA